AUGGAGAAGGUCAUAAUUAGACCCCCGAGAGAUACAAUCACUCAGCACGGAGAUGGCGAGCUUGGAAGCAAAGACCUGGCCUCAUCUGUUCCCGUCUCCCAGUCACGUUGCCUCCCAGAAUGCCCCUGCAUCCUCCGAGACAGAGGUCUGGAGGAGGCACAAAGGGACUUCUAUUUCCAUCUUGUGGCUCUAACAGGACGAGGAUCAGUGGGCAGGCAGACACACUGGGGCAUAAUGGCUCUGCUCUCUCCACAGGCCCCCUCCCCCAGUGCCUUUGUCUCCGCUGGCGAUGACCUCAGCAGAACAAGCUCCCUCUGUAAUGGCCACUUCAUCAGCAGGGGCUGUGUAUUUAGUAGCAGGAAAUGUAAGCUUUUGUGGUCAGUAUUCGUCUCCAAGCAACCAGCCAUCAUGCCUGGUCAGUCAUACGGGCUAGAAGAUGGGUCUUGCAGUUACAAAGACUUUAAUGGCUCAAGAAACAAUCGAUUUUCCACCCCGGAGCAGGCAGCCAAGAACCGCAUCCAGCACCCAAGCAAUGUGCUGCAUUUCUUCAAUGCCCCCCUGGAGGCGAUCGAGGAGAACUUCUUUGAGAUCUGUGACGAGCUAGGAGUGAAGCGGCCAUCUUCUGUGAAAGUGUUCUCAGGCAAGAGUGAACACAGCUCCUCUGCGCUGCUGGAGUGGGAAUCCAAGAGUGAUGCCCUAGAGACACUGGGCUUCCUGAACCAUUACCAGAUGAAAAACCCAAACGGGCCAUAUCCGUACACCCUGAAGUUGAGUUUCUCCACUGCUCAGCAUGCCGCCUAA